GACAGGGUGGAGGGCGGAGCAGCUGGUGUGUUGCUCCUCCCCCUUUCUGGGGAAGAAAAAUACUUCUCUCCUUUAUUCUGCAAAACAUUCUCAGCUGCAUCAGACAGUGGGAGGAGACCUUGGUGUAAUCAAGGAUUCCAAAGAAGCUCAGCUCCCAGCUCUGGACAACGUUUGGAAUUGGCUUUGCCUCCUUCAUAGCUGCUGACAUUUUGGUCCAGGGAACGUCUUUCCUCAAACAGACUUUCCAUCACCAUGCAGGCUGCCCUGGGACUCCUCCUCUUUUCAGUGCUUCUUGCUGGAGCUAGCUCUUUGGACUGUGAAGUAUGCAACAAUAACGCUAAAACUUGCACUGGGCAAAAGGUGACUUGUGACGAUAAGAAUGAUGUCUGCUUACAUAUGGUGACAGAAACCACAGGCGGGGGGUUCCGCGUCAAUAAGAAGUGUGAGAAGAAGGCUGUGUGUGAUUCUUUAACAAACCUGAAAGGGAAGCCUGCAACUGGUCAAUAUACAGGAGUAAUUAAUGAAGUUGUGUGUAGCAAGGCCCCUUCAUCUUAUGCAUCGCUCCUCCUGGCCCUCUCUGGGCUCCUGCUGAAGAACGUCCUCUUCUAAUGGACCACGUGCAGCAGCUCAGCAUGAAACAACACUUCCACCGCUUUAUUUGCUCGCAUGCCAUCUUCGUUGAACUUGCUCCUUUGGCUUUCCAACUGUUUUUGUCCUCCUGUAUGAUUGGCUGAAUGGAAAUGAAUAAAAAAAUGAUACCGGGAGGGAGAAAAGAGUACCUAAAAA